AUGCCUGGAUCGAUCAUUGAACGGAGCGGUCUUCUGCGCAUCAUUACAUGGAUUUUACACCGGAAUAGUGGGCAUAACAAUGUGGACCCUUGGUUCAUGCAUUACUCCCUACCAAUAAUACACCAUUCUGACAAGUUGCAAUCCUGUGUAGUUUCAGGCAAAAACCGCCAAAAUUCUCGGGGGCCACAUUUCUUCAUUGCCAUUGUUCUUCUUUUAUAUGCUAUGGCUACUUUUGCCCUUUUCUGCGACUGGAUGAGUGUUAGUCAAAAUUUCAUCACCCAUGGGCAAAACUUCUCGACGACAUAUGAAGCUUAUUCAGUAUUUGGCGUUGUUGGAAUGUUUGGGGACGGUCUUGGCGCGCUGUACUCAUUCCGAUCAUCUGUACUACUAUGGCACUCACAUCCAUCCGACCUUUUCACCCUGAAUUCUGUCAACUGGGCUGUGCUAUAUUCCUCGCUCAUCAUGGCCACCCUACUAUGGUGCACCAUCUUGAUUAUAUAUCGCAUCUUCAAAGUUAGUGGCGCUGCCGAAGGACUUCGCUCAUAUCGCAGAGUGAUAGGGGUCAUAGCAGACUCGGCCUUCCUUUACUCGGUUUUCCUAGUUGUCCUGUUGGUGUUUGAAGUUCGUAAUGACGCCAGAGUCGGAAGCUAUUUGAUUCUCGUAACCAGCGAGAUGAAGGGAAUUGUGCCUACAAUUUUGUUCGGCCGUAUCACCGCUGGGCAUACACGCCUAGAUGAUUCCUGGAGCGAGGAAAGCAUUGUGUCGUCGCUUCAGUUUGGAGAUCAGUCGAUCGACCAAGACAGUUCCGAAAUGAGUGCUGAAAGCGGCUCCUCUUUUCACCUAAGAUUAGACCUGGAGGAGGGCCUAGAGUCAGACGACGACAAACGAAGCGGAGAUGGGACGGCAGAUUUUCCGUAA